AUGUCUUCUGUUGAUUGUUACGAUAGAUUGAACGAUUUUUUUUCAACAACAGAGUUUCAAACUUACGCAUCUUCACCAGAAGAAAGUAUACGAUCAGCUGUCUCAGACGAAUUAAGUUCUUCUCCAUCUUCCAGUUAUGAUGAUGUCCAGUUUGCUGAUAAUCCACUAGGAAAUAUUGUGAAAGUGCAGAAAGAUUUAAAAAAAACACAAGGUAGUAACUCAAAGACAAGAAACAGAACUAAGUUCUCCAUCGAGCAGCUUCGAUAUCUGGAGCAAUUAUUUACGGAGAGCAAAUUCUUACGUGGCCCAAAAAGAACAAUGGCUGCAACUAUAUUAGGACUCGAAGAAAAACAGGUGAAAGUUUGGUUUCAAAAUCGCCGCGAGAAACAGAAGAAACUAGAUGAGAAAAAUAAAGCCGGCAAUAAUGGAAAAUUUUCCGCAAAUAACGACGGAAAAAAAAUAAAUCAGUUCAUCGUCGAAGAAGAUGCAAAGUCCCAAAGAAUAAAUACAUCGGUAGGAAUUGGGUCAACGGUACAUCAUCAUCAUCAUCUACCACAAAAUAUCGACUUGAACACCGAAUUAUAUGAUAGUUAUUUUUCAAAUACCGUCAACUAUCAAACUGCAUACAGCGGGAGUCAGCAAACCGGAAAUAUUAACUACACCGAGAGCUGUAGUUAUGGAAACUAUAACACCAACGUAUAUAAUAAUGAUAACAAUUACUGCUACUCUACCAACAACGGAAUUGAUAGUAACCAAAACAAUUAUGGUUAUUUUUCACAACCCGAAGAUAAAUACGGUUAG